GGGCUUAUCUCCAGCAUCUAGCACUACAGAGCAGAGGCUGUGUGGAGAAUGGCUGCAAAAUCAGAAUUGGUGGUAGAAGCAGUUUCCUUUCUGGUUGUGAGUAUGAGCCCGGCAGACACCAUGAGCGCUGUUGCAGGGGAGUGAGCCUGUGCUUGACACAUGUGUUUCCCAUUGAUAGCUGGAGACAGCCUAGUAGCUGUGAGUCGGUCUGACAAAGCCAUAUUGAAGUACAGAGUACGGUUUCAGAGCAGUCAGAAAAAGAACGGGAAUGCUGUUCAGGAAAUUCUUCAGGCAUGGGCAGGGACUUGGCUGCAGUUCUGCAGUUGGAAAAUCUGACUGGGGCAGCUUCUGAGCACAGGCUGGGCCUGCUCACACUCAGUGGGCCGAGUGGCCACCUCCUUCAGAGCUGCUCAGCAAGCCCUGGGAUCGCCAGCGGUUUUCAUCGGCCGGUUUGUGAACUGGACAAGAGAGAGACAUUACUGCCGGGAGUGUUGAGUGAAGGGACCAGGUGGAGAUGAUGCCUCAGGAACAGUACACUCACCACCGGAGCACCAUGCCUGGCUCCGAGGGGCCACAGGUAUACAAGGUGGGGAUUUACGGCUGGCGGAAACGAUGCCUGUAUUUCUUUGUCCUGCUCCUCAUGAUUUUAAUACUGGUGAACUUGGCCAUGACCAUCUGGAUUCUCAAAGUCAUGAACUUCACAAUUGAUGGAAUGGGAAACUUGAGGAUCACAGAAAAAGGUCUAAAGCUGGAAGGAGACUCCGAAUUCUUACAACCUCUCUACGCCAAAGAAAUCCAGUCCCGACCAGGUAAUGCCCUGUACUUCAAAUCGGCCAGAAAUGUUACAGUGAACAUUCUCAAUGACCAGACUAAAGUGCUAACUCAGCUGAUAACAGGUCCAAAGUCUGUAGAAGCUUAUGGUAAAAAGUUUGAAGUAAAAACUGUUUCUGGAAAAUUGCUCUUCUCUGCAGAUGAUAAUGAAGUGGUAGUAGGAGCUGAAAGAUUAAGAGUUUUAGGAGCAGAGGGCACAGUGUUCCCUAAAUCUAUAGAAACACCUAAUGUCAGGGCAGACCCCUUCAAGGAACUAAGGUUGGAGUCCCCAACCCGGUCUCUAGUGAUGGAGGCCCCAAAAGGAGUAGAAAUCAAUGCAGAAGCUGGCAAUAUGGAAGCCACCUGCAGGACAGAGCUGAGACUGGAAUCCAAAGAUGGAGAGAUUAAGUUAGAUGCUGCGAAAAUCAAACUACCUAGACUGCCUCAUGGAUCCUACACGCCUACAGGAACGAGGCAGAAGGUCUUCGAGAUCUGCGUCUGCGCCAAUGGGAGAUUAUUCCUGUCUCAGGCAGGAGCUGGGUCCACUUGUCAGAUAAACACAAGUGUCUGCCUCUGAAAGACUAUCCAUAGUGGACAUUGUCAGCAGCAUCAAGGCCUUUUUUUGGCUUUAGACACUGGCUGCCAGCUAUUUUUACUAGAACACAGAAAGCCUAUCAAAGACCUUUUGUGUGUGUGUAUGCGUGUAUGUGUGCGCUUGAGUGUGUUUGCGUAUGUGGGUGGAUAUAAAUAUAUAUAAAUAUAUAUAAAUAAAUAUAUAUAUCCUCUGUAUAAAAUGAGGUUUCAGUACAAAAGGAACCAUGGGUGACCCUGUGAUAGCCACUGUCAUUUUUCAUCCCAUCCCCACCACCUAUGUGAUAAAAAUCUAAAUACACAUCCGUCCCAACAUUCCCCAGACUAUUCGGAAUCACACAGCAUAUUGGACACCGACAGAAUCUUCAUCUAGAUGUUCGAGCAGCAACAUAUCUUCUCCUUUAGUGUCAUUACGAGGGAGUGAUGGCGGGAAUCUCAAAGUCGCACUCCAGCUCUGAGACCUUUGUAUCAAAAAUAGGCAUUUGGUUUCCUGUUUAAGCUUUAGUAAAGCUGGCCAACCUUCCCCUCCUCAAGGUAGGAACUGGCAAUGCUGUAGAAGUCAGCCACAUGAACCCAAAAUGGCUACCCUACCUUGGCAGCCAAACAUAGUGAGGUUUUUGUAGUUGAAUGAAUGAGGAAGAUGAAUUUCAGCACAUUUUGAACUACUCACCGAACUUCUGCUGUCUUGCUCCCUCAAACUCCCAGACUCUCCCACAAUCAAAUUAGGAGCUGUAAAUCAGCACAAAAUAAGAUAACAGCUGCUCCUCAGUCAGCUGGAAGCUACUCAACGGCCUGACAGGCAAUGAACAAAUGGGUGAUAUGUCUCUGUUUAAAGGAAAAAUGGCUUAAAAGCUGUUUUAUUCCCACUUCUGACUUUAUCCAGUAUAUUUCAACACACAAUGAUCAGGUUAAUCAAAAUCCCCAAGAGCAGAACUCCUACCCCAAGAGAAGCCUGGAUGUCUAAUUAAGAGUAGCAUAAGGAACCUAAUUAUGUUUACUAUGUUUCUUGGGAUUGGUGGGUAAUGUCAAAACAUGUCCUUUAUUUUUAAAGGCAUGCACAAACUCUAUGACUUUGAUCUUCUUCUUAUAUUUGUGCUGGGAUAUUCAUAUUCCUAAAUCCACUAAUGUGUUUUCUCUAAGAAGAAUUACAUGCCACCAGAAUUGCUCACUGAAAGAUAAUAUAAACUGAGUCAAAUGUCUUUAUGAGAAUCACUGUGUCCCAUGGGGCCCAGCAGUACCUCCUCCCCUGUAUGUGGAAGCAGCACCCUAAUUCCCGCCAUCAGCUACCUCUCAUCACCCCACCUUCAUCAUCAUGCUCCAGGGUCACCCUGGCCAGCUCUUGUGCUGGGACAGGAGAUUACACCAUCUCUGUUCAAAGAGGAGGAAAUGUGCCUAUGCCUUAAGUCAAUGCACUCAGCAAGGAGAAGCACAUCUAAUUUAUCUUGUUACCUAUAGUUUAUUUUGGAGAUUGGAGGAGAAUGACUUAGUUAUGACUGGACAUCUUAAAAGCUGAUAGAUAAACCAAAUGGUUGGCAGAUGAGGACUCUCGAGAGCCCAGAAUGAACUCAUUGCUGGCUUAGACAGUCCUGGAUGCCAUUUGGAAAGCAGUGGCCCCGCAAGUCUAAAUGAAGUAGUAUUUGUAGGCCUGGGUGGCAUUUGAGUUUGUUUUUCUUUUCCCUCAACGAGGUUUUAAUUUUUCUUACUUUACAAGCAAGGGGAGUUUUGUAUAGGAGAUAAGUAAAAGAUUUAAUAUUUUUUUGAGAUGACACUCAAGCAUCAGGCUGAGAUUUGCACACAUGGAUGUAAAAGCAAGCUGUGUGUUGCUCAGUCACUUACAAGUAGUUGGUGGGGGAUGGAGGAUGGGUCCUAGCCUGGCCAGUGAUGAACCAGUGAUGUUGCUGGCAUCCAGACCCCAACACUCAGUAUUUCAUCUGGAGAGUUGGGCUGGUCAUUCUUAGGGUGAGACCCAGUGAUCGGUUGGUUUGCAGCACUAGGAUCUAAAAAGGAAAACAAUGAAAGACAUCAGAUUACUCUGGAUCAGUAGAAUUAAUAUCCCACAGGGCCAUGCUGCCAGAAUCUGCAUGUAUCAAUACAGCGUUUUUCCAAGCCAGGAAAGGUCCUCCUUGGCUACUAGGAUCACUUACCCCAUAUCAUUCAGAUAAACAAUAAUAGCUACAAAGUCGUUUGUGGCUAGAUACGUUAAGACAGGUGAUUUUUUUUUAAGUAGACACUCUUUGCAUUUUGCCAUCUCAAGUUCAUUCUCUUUGGAUGACAAAAGAGCAAAAAGCUCCCAGAACAUCUUCCUUAGAUUUUGUUCUAAUCACUACAUGAAAGAAUGAUAUUAGUACCAGAAGUUUUAUGCCAAUAAAAAAGACUGGUGUGAUUCCACAUGCGAAAUUUAAUCCUAAGGGUAAUGAGAUCACAAAUAGAAUAAAAAUAAGAACAAUCAACAGUAUAUAUCAAGUACCUAUUGGGAACAGAUAUGAUAAAAUUCUAUUUUUCAUUUAUGCUAAGUGACCGCAAUAUACAAAGUAAUAAGCAGGAAAUUUGAUAUGGCUUAAAUUAUGUAUUUCAGUUCAGAUUUCAGAAAUUGGUAGUAAAAUGCAUUCUAAGUUUCUCAAUGUACAUCUUUUUAUCCCAACACCCUCAAACUAGAAUAUCUGUCCAUGGUCAUGAGAAAAAAUUUUACCUGAAUUCUUGGGUGGGAAGAAAAGCUUUUACAUUAAAAUCUACUAACACCUACUUUUUAAAAAAUGAGAUUCUUUCUAAUCUUUAUAUGUGAUAUUUUCUAGACAAUCACGCCUUUGGGUAUAUUAAACAGACGGUAUCAUAAAGAGUUCAAAUAAACCUUCAAUAUACUAGAAGUUCUAGUAUGUUAAUAUUGUUCAGAAGAUUUUUACAAAUUAAAACUGAUUUCCAAAUAUGUUACAUUUACUUCUAUUUGAUAUCUGCUCAAGAAUUCAUAGAAGUCUUAGGAAACUAUUCAAGUAUCACAGAGGCUUUCAAAAGCCCUUAUGGUGACAUCUACCAAGGUAAAAUCCUGACAUGUGGCUUUAUAAUUGUUACAUUAUCCAAGGUAUAAAUGUUAUAAACUUGAAGUGGCUUUGAUCAUCCUUUAGGUCAUUUUCUCUAUGGAUAGUUUUCAUAGCAUAUCCAGCAAUUGUAGACCAACGUUUGCUUGAGGUUUGACCCUAGAGCAGAGGUCAGCAAACUACCACUGAGAAACCAAAUCUGACUCACCACCUUUUCCUGUCAAUAAAGUUUUAUUGUCACAUAGCCACAUACAUUCAUUUAUGUUUUCUAAUUUUACAUUACAGCAGCAGGGUCAACUAGUUGUAUCAGAGACUAUGUAGCCCAUAAAGCAUAGAAUACUAUUUAGUCCUUUACAAAGUUUGCUGACCCCUGACCUGGAGGUUUUUGUGGUAUGCGUUCGAGAGAGCAGGAAAGAAAGCACAUUUCCCAACAGCAGGGAGUAAGCUUACGUUUCUGUGUAGGCUUGGGAAUAUGUUACAUGGCAAAGUGUUUCAGGAAGUCCUUCCUUACCCUACAUGUGGAAAGCCUGCUUUCCAAGCCAUGUGGAAGUAAGCAAUUUACCUUCCAGGGAAACAGAGGCUCAGAAGAGUCCUGGGAACAGGGAGGAUGGAAUUAGGGGAAGCCUAGUAGAAAAGGAAAGAAGUUACAAUCUUCCAAGACCCUUCAUAGACAGAUACGUACCAGGCCCUGCAGUCCAGCAUCAUUGUGUAAUGAGAAGUGAAGUAGGGGACCCUAUGGUUUACCCUGAGAAUCUCUUUCUUGUAGAGACUAUUUCUGCUGUCUAUAUUCAUAUCAAGUUUUCCACCUCACCCUCCCAUAGUCCAGAGGAUGCCCAUUCCAUGGUCGUCUGGAGAAUAUUUUUGACUUAACAUGUCUUUUUCUCCUCCAUCACUUCAGUUAUCAACACUGCCACUCUACUUAUUGCUUAAGCCACACCAGGCUUGAAGGGUUAGUGAGAACAAUAAAUAAUUGGAAGUAUUGGAAAAAGCAUCUUAAAAUACAUGGGAACAGAAAAAUAGAGUAAAAUUCUUUUCAUCAGAUGAUUCUGGGAGGAACCAGAUGAAUACCAGUUUGGUUUUAUUUCUAAGAAGCUGGGUCUUUGUUCUGUGGUGUAGAAGGAAUGCAAAACACAACAACAACAAAAGACACAUUUUGAAAAGACAUAUUGCUGACAUCUCUGCUUCCGUGUGGUAAGGCAGCUUCCUAUCAGACAUUUGUCCCUUCAGUCAACAUCCCUUUUGAUCAUCCAGGGCUUCAUAUUCAAUAUGAAGUUUAAAAAAACAAAUAAAAAAUAUUAUCAGCUGUGGAUGACUCUUUGGAUGUAUGAGUAUUCAUGAUAAGGAGGAAGGAUUUUUUUAAACGUAAAUGACCCCCAUUUACUAGACCCUAAUCAAAGUCACUUAAGGGAAUCCCUCAGCCAUUUAUUUGGAAACAGCUGAAAUAUAAUUAAAUUGGCAACACUGCCCUUAGCAGCAGCUCAAUCAGAGGAUCUUGCUUUGUUUAUUUUAGGCCAAAAGUAGCAUGAGGUUUGGACCAAAGAGGUAAAUCGAUCCAUACCCAUGUUUCAAGGCUCUAUGAAAGGUCAAAAAUUUCAUUAAACAAGACCAGUUCUCCCUCUUCCCCCUGUCCAAAGGAAUCUUAGGCACAAAAAGGAUAAGGAAACAACUCCUGGAAUGAUACAUUUGCAUGGUGCCCUAGUAGCAGAUCAGGAAAAAGUUUUAAUAAAAGAAACAACCUUCGAAAACAGGCCUUUUAUCUCAAAGAUAAAAUGUCUCUCUUGCGGUCUUUCAUCACUAUCUCCUUGGUGGAAGGUUCCCCUAGUUCCAACAUAUUUCCAUUAAAAUAGUCAAAGCUACGGCAUUGGGAUGUCAGAUGCAUCUCUUUCUUUGUGGUAAUCGGAAUUUAAAAUUAUACAGUUGCCUCUGAAUUUCUCAUGCACAAAGCCAAGCCACUGAUAAGAGAUAAAGCGGUCUGAAGCCUGCUGCUUCAGCCAGCACAGCACACCACAUGCAUUCGCACUUUCAAAAGCAAUGAGAUUUCUAUGGUUCUUAAAAGCUUUCUUCACAAUGGAGUCCUUGAAACUUCUCAAGGCAGGUCUGAAUGGCAAAGGGAAAAUAAUGACUUGUGGGAGGUCUUCUCUUGAGUAUUGUUAGAACACACAUAGAAACUUUUGGGGCAACCCAUGCUCACAUAUGCUAUUUUCUUUGGUUCUCCCCCUACAUUUCUUUUGUAGAUACUGACAAAAUAGUAGGAAAUUAGCAUCCUCAUUUGAGAGAGAAGAAUGUCACGAGCCCUUGAUGCAAUAGUGUGAUGUCAUAAUACAGUAUUAAUGAUGCUAUCAAUAAACAGCCUCCAACCUUCCAACAGCAGAGCUCACUGCUGCUCCUCAAUUUUAGCCCAGCAAGCAGUAAUAAAUAUCAGCACCCGUUUUGAGAUUUGCAAGUGAAAUAGAACAAAGAAAAAGUCACUGUAAGCAAGAAGCAUGUUUAGGGUCUAAAUCCACCUGUUGCAAUAGGAAGCCAGAGUGGGGUUCCAAAUGCCUCAUUAGGCAUGUGGACAGCCUCACUAGUAAGUGAGUUAAUUUGGCUUCAUCACUGAACAUUAGCUAAGGUCAGCUUAAUCACACAAUUACAAGGCCAGCUUCUUUGGGAGAAGACAAAAGAAAACAUCUGCUUAAUCUAAAAUCUACUCCAUAUGCCUAGAGUUGUCUAAAAGUCCCUCACCUUCCAAUGUCUUCACAGCCUACUUCUACAUUUGGGGAUUUUUGGUGAAAUCAGAGGUAGCUCAGAAUUUCAUAAAAUGAGAAAUUCCAAACUGGUCUAUUACGUUCCAUGGGAACACUGUAGCAAAAGGAUUGUCUAAGGGCAGGAAGAAGACACUUAUAAACAAGAAAGACAGUGUUUCUUUAGUUCCCAGAUUCAUCUAAUUCAUGAGUUUCUAACAUUUUGGGGGGCCCUAGAUUCUUUUGACAAUCUAAGCAAAUUUAUGAAACCCAAAAAGAACCAUCCCACAAAAUCUUGCAAAACAUCAAAGAGAUUUUCCUGGAGCUAAAGCCUACCCUAAGACAUGGGCAGAAUUCUAUUCUUCAAUGUUAAGAAUAUUUAUUAAUAUUCAUUGAGCUAUUGCUAGGCACUAUGCUAAACAUUUUACAUGCAUUCUUUCAUUUCAUCCUCAAAACAAUCCUUUGAGUUGAGUUCUAAUACUGUUCCAACAUACGGAUGUGGAAACUGAGGCUCAGAGUGGCUAAGAAACUUGCCCAAAGCCACUAGCUAGAAAAUGGCAGAGCUGGAAUGUAGUUUUAACUCCCAACCACUCUGCUAUAAAGUCAUCACAUGUUAAACUAUUUUUUUAAGUUGUUGGGACUUGUCCCCUACUAGGUUUUAAACUAGAUCUUCUUGGGUGGAUGAGGCUAUAGAACUUCUAUUUCCCUGCUUUCUGUAGUCUCUCACAGUGACAGCAUCCAUACUAAAGUAUAGAUACCUGAGGUGAAAAUACAGAAAGCCUGCCUGAAUAAUAGAAUCUAGAACACCAAAAAAUUAGUUUGCUCUGUGUGUGACUUCUUAAGUCAAGCUUUAAAAAAAAAAAAAAAUAGAUUGGAAAAUACCUGGAUGGUUAGCCUCACAUUUAGGAUAAAAAUAUCAGUGAUCUGUGGGUGUGGCUAAGCAAGUCAGCAUUUCCGCACACAUACAUCUUUCCUUUGCACUUCCCUUCAAAAGACAAACAUCUUACUUUAGAGGUUUGUCAGUAUUCUUCUCUACCUUUACUUGUGGCAAAACUCAAGGGAGGGAUCAAAGAGAAGGAAGCUCGGCUUUGUCAUUGUCUCUGUUUCCCUAUAACAAAGAACUACCAAGGAUUCACUGACUGCACUUAGGCAUACAAUGACAGAGCUGAGCUGACCACUCUGGUUCUGUAAUGGCUUCAGCCCCACACCCUGGCAGCCAUCAUUAAUGGGCCAUACCCUUCCCCAAAUGGAGAAUUCUCCUCACCAGAGCACUCAGGACAUCACUACCAAUUCAUCUGAGUUGGAAAUGAGACUCAUUUGCCAAUUCUUGUUUUUAAAGUGGCACCCUUUAACCUUGACCCUGGCCUCCUACAUUCAGCAAUGAGGAUGGUGGUGUUUCAACUGGGAAAGGAGAAAAUGAGUGCAUCUGAAGGUCCUUACAGCCUGGUUUCUUUGGAACGCUUUCAUCUUCUAAGCGAAGAGAUCAGGCUUUGAUCCAUAAGAGUUAAAAGACAAAGUCCUUUUGAAGAAUUAACUCAUCCAGGGAUCAUCCAAACAGAUCAGAAAUCAGAAUGCCCUUGUUUAAAGCCCUGCUGUCAACCUGCCUUCACCCAGAGCUUAGGGGGCCACAGCAGCAAAGAAGUUGGGGUCUAUCCCGCUCUCAUGUGCUUUUUCCACAACACAUACCUGGUCCUCUGGGAGGAAUGUGGAUAGAGCUCCUCACCAUAUCCAAAAGACUCAGCCCCAGUGCCAGUCCUUGAUUGGUUCAACACCCCCCACAAAACCUUAGUAAAGGGAUGAGCCAAGAAUGAAAAAAGACUCUACAGUAAGUCAGUCAGGAUUUCUUUUAAAUGGUGUAGCAUCCAAAUGACAAGCCAAGAAUAGAUCAUCAUUAAAGGGUCUCAUAGGACUAACCUCACCAGAGCCAGAAAUCUGGCUCUCUAGAAGAGAUGGAAGAUUCUAGAAAAGUAAAGGGAAGUGUUGGCUCAUCUAAAUUUAGUGAACACCAAGCUGACUUACUUUUUAUCUAUUGUUUCCGUGAGGAGGGGAACAAAGUUUUUCAUGUAUCAACCACCUCUCCCAGUCAGGUUUCUCCCUUUUUGAGAUUAUGAAGAAACUGAAACAUACUUCUUUAAGGAGGUUGUGUUUCAGAAGGAAAAGGUAGAGGCCAUCCACCAUUAUGCUAGUUAGAUGCGCUUCUGAAGAAGCCAGAUUCCGACGUUCUUAACAGAAAUGGUGAAGUAAUAAUAGUCCCAUUUGCUUGGAGAUUUUGAAAAAGAAACUCCAUUCCCAUAAAGCAAUUGAGUUGAACCUUUGGGUUAUUUUUGGUUUGGUUUGGUUUUUCUCUGGGUUUGGGUGUGAUGUAAGAAGAGCAUUUUAGUUUUGUUUUGAAUAACAUCAAUCCUUGCACACUCUAUGCAAAAAUUUUGUAAGCAUUGCAAUAAUGCUAUGAAUUACAAGGAACUAUUUUAACUUUAUUACACUUUCUGUAUAAAAAAUUUGUAUUUAAUAUUAUUUCAACUGCAGUCUUGUAAAAUAUAUUAAUAAAAAUAAUGAUUGGUAAGAAGGAAA